GGUGCAGCGGCAGAUCUGGCAAAUUGCGAACUGCCUUCCCUCCCCAAAGUGUGGAGCAGAAGCGCGGGGGAGCUCCGCGGCGGUGGCGCCUCCUCCGCCACCAAACUCCCCGGGCUCGGCGAGGCUUGUGGCCACCUCCUCCUAAACCAGGAGGAACCCUUUCCCGAUAGGGUUCGGCCUGACUUCCCCCGCCCCCCCCCCCCCAUUUCUUUCUUCUUCCUCCCCCUCCCCCAUUCCUUUUCUUUUUUUCAAACACACAUUUUUCCCCCCCUGGCUUCGGACCUCAGACUGCUGCAGCCCUAGCCUUCCCUGGGCUCAGCUCUUUAAGGCUGCCCAUCCCUCCGGCUGCGAGAAAGGACGCGCGCCCUGCGUCGGGCGAAGAAAAGAAGAAAAACUUGUCGGAGGGGUUUCGCCAGCCCACAUUAACCCCCUUCCCGCAAACCCAAACCUCCCACGGGGGCCGUCCCAACAUUGGGGAAAGUUCCUUCUGAGCCGACAGCCCUCUUGGAUUUGGAGAAGGCAGCCGCGCUGGCUGUGGAAUUAGAUCUGUUUUGAACCCAGUGGAGCGUAUCGCGGGGGCUCGAAAGUCACUGUCUCCAGGGACCCCGGUGGCGCUGCCUGUGCGGAACCGAGAGUUUGCGAGACCCGGCUGCAAGUGGCCUUUCCUCCCCGCAGUUGCUGUCCUGUGUCUGGGGUGAGGGCAGCGAGUGUUGUGGCAAGUUGCGAAGAGAGACCCGGAGGUCCAGAGAGAACUGCACCCCCCUCCCCCCCCCCCCCCCCCGCUCUCCCUUCUUCCUCUUCCCAGCUCCUGAGUGUGAAAUCCCAUCGAAAUUUACAGAGGCUCCAGGUUCAGCCAAGACCGGUCCGCGGAGCUUUGCCCGUCGUCCCCCACGGUCCCCAUUCCCACCCGGAGCCCCCGAGCACACGGCGCGGAGGAACGACCGGCGGGAGGGGGAGGGAGGUCGCGGAGGCGGCAUGGCGAGGUUCCCGAGGGCCGACCUGGCCGCUGCCGGAGUUGUGUUACUUUGCCACUUUUUAAUGGACCGGUUUCAGUUCACUGAAGGGGACCCUGGAAACCAAAUCAAUGACUGGCACUAUCAAGUUGCUCAGGUCUUCCCGCAAACAGAAGAGGAAGUGAAAGUGGACACACAUGCCUUCAGCCACCGGUGGAAAAGGAGCUUGGAUGCUCUCAAGGCAGUAGACUCCAACCGAGCAAGCAUGGGCCAAGACUCCCCAGAGCCCAGAGGCUUCACGGACCUGCUGCUGGAUGAUGGGCAGGACAAUACCACCCAGAUUGAGGAGGACACAGAUCACAAUUACUAUAUAUCUCGGAUAUAUGGUCCCUCUGAUUCUGCCAGCCGGAGUUUGUGGGUGAACAUAGACCAAAUGGAAAAGGACAAAGUGAAGAUUCAUGGAAUAUUGUCCAAUACUCAUCGGCAAGCUGCAAGAGUGAAUCUAUCUUUCGAUUUUCCAUUUUAUGGCCAUUUUCUACGAGAAAUCACUGUGGCAACUGGGGGUUUCAUAUACACUGGAGAAGUUGUACAUCGAAUGCUAACGGCCACACAGUACAUAGCACCUUUAAUGGCAAAUUUCGAUCCCAGUGUAUCCAGAAAUUCAACGGUCAGAUAUUUUGAUAAUGGCACAGCACUUGUUGUCCAGUGGGACCAUGUACAUCUCCAGGAUAAUUACAACCUGGGAAGCUUCACAUUCCAGGCAACCCUCCUCAUGGAUGGACGCAUCAUCUUUGGAUACAAAGAAAUUCCUGUCUUGGUCACACAGAUAAGUUCGACCAAUCACCCAGUGAAGGUGGGGCUGUCUGAUGCCUUUGUCGUUGUCCACAGGAUCCAGCAAAUUCCCAAUGUCCGAAGAAGAACAAUUUAUGAAUACCACCGAGUAGAGCUACAGAUGUCAAAAAUUACCAACAUUUCAGCUGUGGAGAUGACGCCAUUACCUACAUGCCUCCAGUUCAAUGGUUGUGGCCCCUGUGUAUCCUCUCAGAUUGGCUUCAACUGCAGUUGGUGUAGUAAACUUCAAAGAUGUUCCAGUGGAUUCGAUCGCCAUCGGCAGGACUGGGUGGACAGUGGAUGCCCUGAAGAGUCCAAAGAGAAGAUGUGUGAGAACACAGAGCCAAUGGAAAGUUCUUCUCAAACCACCACAACCGUACAAGCAACAACCACAAAAUUCAGGGUCCUAACGACCACCAGAAGAGCAGUGACAUCCCAGCUGCCCACCAGCCUGCCCACAGAAGAUGAUACCAAGAUAGCACUGCAUCUAAAAGAUAAUGGAGCUUCUACAGAUGACAGCGCAGCCGAGAAGAAAGGGGGCACCCUUCAUGCUGGCCUCAUUGUUGGAAUUCUCAUCCUGGUCCUCAUUAUAGUCGCAGCCAUUCUCGUGACCGUCUAUAUGUAUCACCAUCCAACGUCAGCAGCCAGCAUUUUCUUUAUUGAGAGACGCCCAAGCAGAUGGCCUGCGAUGAAGUUUCGAAGAGGUUCGGGUCAUCCUGCCUAUGCUGAAGUUGAACCAGUUGGAGAGAAAGAAGGUUUCAUUGUCUCAGAGCAGUGCUAAAAUUUCUAGGACAGAACAGCACCAGUGCUGGCUUACAGGUGUUAAGACUAAAAAUUUGCCUAUAUCUUUAAGAUGUGCACACACACCACACACACACACACACACACACACACACACACACACACAGGAGCCCUAAGCUGCUAUAGCCUAAAGGAGAUGAGAUUUCUGGACAAGCCCAGCCCUGGAAAGGUAAAAGAAAAACUAAAACCUAUACAAGGUACCACUGACCAUUGAACACAGAAUUCCCUAGUGGGAUGACAUUUUAUAGUUCACUCAGAACAUCUCCUGUGGACUUACCAGAAGUACAAGAUGACAGUGCUGUUGGCUUAGGUGCAGGGUUGCAAAGGGAUAGAGAAAAAGACAAUAAUAAUAAAGCUUUAGUUCAUGAGGGAUCUCUACCUUUGGUUCAAAUAUUCUUCUCUGAUGUCUCAAAGAUAACUGUGUUCCAAAGCCUGAACCCUUCCUCUCAAAAGAGCAAUGAUGAAUGUUUCAAGAUUGCUAAGAGAAACAGCUUGUGCAGGAGCAAAAAACAAACCUAAAAUAAGAGGUUUUUCUAUCUUUCCACCAGACAUGUGGCAAAAGGAUUUUGUUUUUCUGGUCUAGAUCCACUUGUUCGGACAAGUUCAUUAUUUUGCAGAAUGAAUCUUUUAUCUGUGCCUACCUCUCCCUUGUUAAUGAGUGUCCUUUCUAUGCGCUGCCCUUUCUGUGGCUGCCAAGCCCUUGGCUAAGGGUUAGGAGAGAGGGAGUGGCACAGGAGAUUUUCGGUUCUCCUGCCUUGGAAUAAAACACUUCAUUUGGUUUUUAAGAUACAUUGCCUACGUUUUCCCAACUAUCAAAUCCUAUGAAGCCACAGUUGCUCUUGGCUGAAGGAAACAAUACCAAGAGUCCCUUCAUCAUUUUGGAAGCAAAAACAUUAAGGGAUUCUAAACAUAUUGGCGGGGGGGAGGGGGUUGGGUUUUUGGUUUUUUUCCUCCUUACUUUGUGCUGUUUCAGGACUUCAGACCCAUGCCAUUGUUGAUUCCUGUCUACGAAGCCAUUCAAGUCGGCAUAUCCCUGGUGAUAAAAAAGAAUGAAAGAACCCUGCUGAAUCAUACAGUAAUUUUCUUUAAAGCACAUAGUAGUUACAUAAAUAUAUAUAUAAAUAUAUUUUUGUUUAUAACUAACACAAGGCAGGCUCUUGUGACUCAGAGUGCGUUUGUCAUCAAGACAAAAACAAACGCGAAACGCGUUACUGCAUACUUCCAUAGAGUUGUAAAAUAAUCCUUAAUAUUAGAAUAUUUUUAUGUCACUUAGCAAAAGUGGUUCAAUUAGUCGCAGUGCCGAUCGUUCUCCUGCCUAGUUGAGCCGCUUUUUCAUUCCUAUAAAACCCUUCCCUCCCUGGCUAAAUAAUGCAGGUGCAAAAUGCUCUUUAGAUGGAGUUGACAUUUUGCCCCGAUGAUCAUAAUCCAGAUUUCAAAACUUCUCCACGAAUGAGGAAAGCAAAGGCAUUGCUUGAGGAGGAAAGUGGUUAAUAUGUACACUGAGCUCCCAGCGUUUAAAUUCAGGUCCUGUGUGUACAAUUCCGCAACAUCUCGACCCACGAAACUGACAUCCUGUGCCAAGACUCUGUAGAUUCUUCUAGGGGACGGUGUCCAACAUUUGCAGAUUCAGGUAUCAAGCAGCAGAGAUGUCUCAUAAGCAACUCUUUACUAACAGCUCAGCAUCUGUAUACAGUGUUCGCACAGCACACCAUCGGUCUACGAACAGUAUCCGAUUUUAUCUUCACAGUCGUCUGACAUAAACUAGUGCCGUCUUCCAUCACGUAUAUUUUGCUUUACAUUUUUAAAUACCUGAUGAGGUUAGUAAUUUUUUCCUAACCUACUUAGUUAAUAAUAUCAAAAAAGGACAAAAAAAAAAAAAGAAAAAAACCUGACAAGGCGAUUGAAGGAUGUGAUGACAAUCUCUCUGCUGUAUCUGCAUCCAGUUUGUAUGAAGUAUCCCAACUUAUUUCUUGUGGAGUAGGUUUGGUCAGAUUAGCAAUAACCAAAUGACUUGCCAAUGUAACUGGUGCAACUGGUAUUCUACAAAGACAUAAAGAACACAUAGACGAUUCCUUUUAGGAUAAGAUGACGCUUCUUCCACUAGCUCUUGUGAUAGGUGUGGCUUCCAAUAGCAGUAGAUUGACAGCUAUAUAAAUCUUAUGUAUAUAUCCAACUCCUUACACAAUUCUUUGAAGUUGUAAUGUUGUCUUUCUUUCUUCAGAGCUCAUCUUCCAUUUUCUAUUAAAAGAAUUGGCAAUUCUGGAAAUGAAUAAACAAGAAAGACAUAAAAUUGAAUUGUUCAGUGAACUAAAAGCACCUAGAAAUGGGGAAAACUUUUUGGAAGUGUGAGAACCCUUCCUAAUGAAAGUAGGAGUCAAAGGUGGUAAAAAGUUUCUGCUGUCUAUGAAUCUUUUAGUGGUAAGGGGAAAGGCUGGCUAAUCCCUUUUUUUUUUUUCAUGAAAUUUUUAUUCUAUUUUAUAUUUCUCAUUUGUUCCUGGUGGCCAUUUACUGCAAAGGAGGAGCAAAUGUACAUCUUGUUUCUAGAAAUUCGGAAUGGACAUUGAUGCUUUGGACUUUACAUACAUUACAUAUUAGAAAGGGUACAUCUGUUCAUUACUUAAAUACUAUGAACAUAGUAGAGAAUAACAGUUUUAAAAAUUAAGAAUAGCAAAGGAACACAUACAGACUUCUGAAAAAAUCUGAUACACAGUGCUACAGAGGAAAUAACAUUUGGUAUAAAGGUCAAGAAAAAUGUCUUAAGCCAACCAGAUAGCACUGACCACAAUGUUGGUUUGGUUUUAAAGUGUUUAGACUUUAAGAUAGACUAACAAACAGAAAACUAAAAAUAAAUAAUAAAGUACAGUUUACCUCCAUUAUUAUUUUAGUUUGAGAUACCUAGAGCAUUUACUGAUCUCUCUCACAUGGAGCUUCUAGAGUUGUGCCAUCCAGUAUCCUUUCCACAAGCCAAAUUUGGCUCUUUAAAUUAAAAUUAAUUAAAAUUAAAUUUUUUAAAAAGCCACUGAGUUCUUCAAUCACUAGUCACAUUUCAAAUGCUCAAUAACCACAUGUGGCUUGUUGGCUUCCAUAUUGGACAACACAGCACAUUCCCGUCAUUGCAGAAAAUUCUGUUAUACAGGGCUGUAGAGUAGAGGUCUUUCAAUUCCCUGUCCUUGAACAAAAGGGAGAAGGAAGAAAAAGAAGAUUUGGUAGUUCUUGGGUAUAUCCAAGAGUUUUUGAUCUCAAAGAGGCAACAUGCUCUAAUGAAAAGAAUAUCAGCUGACACAGCUUUGACUCUCCACUACGUUAUCUUGGGAAAAUCACUUUAACUUCCAUGACUCUCAAUUUACAAUUUUGGAAAAUAAAAAUAUUUUUGCUCUGUCUUCUUUGCAAGGUUAUUAUUAUGCAGAUUAACUAAAUGUACAGAUGUAUAGGCUUUUAAAACCUUCCAUCACUGUAACCCAUAUAAAGCCCAGCCUUGGUCCACUCUCAGCACAAAUUUGCAUUCAGAGGAAGAAAAGUCCAUCAAUCCUAAAAGCAUUCAAAGACAAAUCAAUAAAAAAUUUUCUUGAGAAAAUGCCAAAGGAGAAAUUGCUCGAUUUUCCCCCAUCUUAAUAUUUUCUCUUAAUAUUUCCCCUCUGUCAUGUCUCUCCCAACUUUGACUCCACCACCAUGACAGAGUCCCUAUGUUUAUGCUACUUCUAGUUCAAUUCCUUAUUGUGUAGAGUCACUUAGACUCUCUAGUUUCUUGUAAUUUCCCAGUUAACUCUUCACAGCAAAGGCAAGCCCAGGGGCUGACCAGGAGGCUUCUCUUUAGAAGGAAAUACCUCUAACAUAAAUAACUUCAAAUAUUUAUCUCUGCAACACAAAUAUAAAGGCCCACUAUACUAAGAUAUAAAAAUACAAAAAUACAUGGAACUCAAUUUCUAAACUAUAAAAGUUUACAAAUGCAAAUGAAAGGAUUACUAUUCUUUUAGACUAUACUAAUAUGCAGAUAAUACAUAAUGUAAUUAGUAUAAUUUAUUAGUUUCUGCGGCCAAAAGUUCUUACAUUAUUACCUUUCCUGCAGGAGUGUAAACGUGGUUAUGUCCUCAAGUGUCUGUUGCCCAUUUGAGAAAACGUUUGCCAGAAUCCAGACCUUGAUUCAAGAAACUUUCCUUCCAUGAUAAGAAAUUAAUAUUUAAAUAAGACUAAAUGAGAAAUAGAUCCUAUCAUUAUGGUUAUUCCUCCUGUGAAAUGUUAUUUUGCUUGGUAUUUCUUCGGGCAUUUUUCAGAUAUUUUAUUACAGUAAGCUUUACUAAUUCCCAAAGAUUACUCUAGCUCUUACUUUUCCAACCCGCCCCAUAUUUUGGUAUCAACAUUCAUAUGCCAGAAUCACGGCGAGUCAUCUAAUCCAAGCUCUUCAUGUUACAGAUCAGAAAACUGACUCCCAGAAAGAUAUGGUUAUUUUUCCAGCGUCAGAAUUGGGUCUUGAACUUAAAACUUCCUUCUGGUAAUUUCUGUUACCAUUUUUCUUGCCUAUACCCCUUCAUCACUUAAGACCAACCAAGUAGCUUAGAAGACACAGUCUUAAUAAGGCUAACUUUAUCUGUAGUAUUGACUCUUCUUAAUAUAGAAUAAUAUAGAACUUUGGACCAAUCUUCCUCUGUCAUGUUCAUAAGAAUAGUACCAUUUUUUUUUAUAUAAGUUUUAUCUCAACUUUUUUUUUCCUAAAUUUUUUUUUAAAGAGUUUAUUUAUUUAUUUGACAGACAGAGAUCACAAGUAGGCAGAGAGACAGGCAGAGAGAGAGAGGAGGAAGCAGGCUCUCCGCGGAGCAGACAGCCCAAUGCGGGGCUUGAUCCCAGGACCCUGGGAUCAUGACCUGAGCCGAAGGCAGAGGCUUUAACCCACUGAGCCACCCAGGCGCCCCUCUUUUUUUUUUUUUUUUAAGAUUUCAUUUAUUUAUUUGACAGAGAGAGAUCACAAGCAGACGGAAAGGCAGGCAGAGAGAGAGGGGGAAGCAGGCUCCUUGCUGAGCAGAGAGCCCGAUGCAGGACUCGAUCCCAGGACCCUGAGAUCAUGACCUGAGCCGAAGGCAGCAGCUUAACCCACUGAACCACCCAGGCACCCCAGAAUAGUAACAUCUUUAUGACAAACAGUGAUUUCAAGUUCUAGCCAUUACAGUGUCUUUAUUUGGUUUUGCAUGCCCUUCUCACACCUACCUGUGGUCAUCUGUCAGCAACACUAUUUUUUGUCAUUUAAGAUCAUUAUACAUUUGUUUCAAUUCUUCCCAAAUUCAUCUGAAAACUAAGAAUCUUCAUAGUAUAUUUUCUUACAACAUAUAUAAUCCCAAUUUUUGUUUUUUAAACCAUUUGAACUUUUUUGCCAUAGGAAGGUUUUUUGAGCAAAUAGUAUGAGGUCUGUGGCAUUACCUAUUCAUAUUAUGUUGUGUUUAUAAAGCACUUUACCUUUUGUGGAGCACUUUGAUUCAUCCCUUUAUUUGUUCACUCAUUCAGCCACUCAGUUUACUUAAAUAUUUAUUGAGCACCUGCUGGAACCAAGUUCUCAUGCUGGACCUAUGGUGUAUAGUGAUAAAUACAAACAGUGAGAGAUCAGGCACAUUGAAUGAUAAUUGUAACAUGAUGGAAUCCUCAAGCACAACUUCGCAAGUAGGGUCAGAUCAAUAUUACUCUAUCCAACUUCCAAUUCCAAUUGUCUAUUAUCCUUAUAUAGGGAACUAUCAGGUAUUUGCCUGAAGAAUGUUUCAGAAAUAUGACAUAUUGUUGGGUACCAGUUCUGUUUGCUCUAUUUUUAAAUGGUUUGUAAGUUUCAUUCAUGAGAACAAAAAGUGACUCAUCCAAAGUUGUCCCCGACCCAGGAGGACUUCCCAGGUCACUUGAACUUUUUCUGACUAGAUGUGACCAUUCGCUUUCUUGUGCCAGUAUUCUCUGAAUGUUCAACAUCAUAGUUUUCAGGUAUUCCAAAAACACCAAUAUAUCAAAGAAGCAUUUGCACUUUAAGUGUGUGUGAUCAUCAUGUCGCUAAUUAGACUGCCUCAGCCAUUCUCAACCUCAGCACUGUUGACAUUUUGGGUCCCCUAAUUCUUUGUGGGGUGGGAGGGUAGGGUGGAAAUAGCCCCAUGUGUUAUAGGGCACAUAUGAGAGCUUCUAGGCAUCUUCUGUUGGUUUUAUGCCAGUAACGCGCGCACGCUCUCUCUCUCUCUCAUUCUCUCUCUCUCUCUCUCUCUCACACACACACACACACACACACACGGACAACUAAAGAGGUCUCCAGAUAUUUCCAAAUGUCCCCAGAUUGGGAUUGGGAAAACUGCUGAAUUAUCUAAUAAGCAAAAUAUAUCAGGAGAAAAAAAAAAAGAAAUGUUUCUCUUUCACUUGUCACUUAAACUUUAGGGUAGUUCGUUUUUUGUUUUUUAUUUAUAGUAAGACUUGGAAUCAUAAACUGUUUGAAUUAGAAAGGACGUAAAAGUCACUACUUCAGUUACAAGCCAACAUCAUCCUUAUCUAUUUCCCCAUCUCUCAGGUUAACAAAUUUAUUGAGAGAAAAUCAGAAGAUUGGUUAUCUCUGGAAACUUGGAAAUUGGUUUUUUUCAUAGCAAGAGAUAAGGCUGUUGGGUAAUUAUGUUUUGCUGCUAUAAUAGUAGGUGCUGUGAUGUUAGCUUCAGUGUGGGGACUCGGGGUCAUACAACUUCAGUAUCACAGGCUCUGUUUUGAGGAGUUUCCUAUCUGUCAUAUCACACAGCUCCAAAUCUUGGUCCUUCAUCUUUGCCUUCAACAUGCACAUAGAAGUUGAAGUUUGGUACAUUGAAUUUUAAGUAUAUCUGGAAUGAGCUUUCUAUGUCUGAUAUUCUGUUAUUUCUAUUUCUAUACCUGUUUUUUUUUUUAUGGUCCCUCUAGAAUAAAAAAUUACCAUCUUGAGCUAUUGAAAAUUGGAAAUUUCCAAGUGGUGAUAUUGAAAUCUGUCAAGCCCAAGUUCCUAAUGAUUUGAUGUGCCUUAUGUCAGUUCUCCUGUGAGAUCAGUGAUUUUCUGGGGUUAACUGUGCAUCAAGUGAGUCACACUUGUUUCUAUACUGCACCAGUUGGAAAGCUUGGUGGAGUUUUACAAAGAGAGCCACUCAAGAAUAUAUUCCUAGAAAUAACAGCAAACCCUUAAUUAAGGGCCUCCCCUUAAUCCCUUUGCUAACCAGACUUUGGGAGCAUCAUAACCAUUUACUACAAGUUGCUACUAUGCCGACACAAUGGAAAGCCUUGAUUACAAAGCCUAAAGAAUAUUGAGGAGCUCACACAGAAAGCACUGUUGAAAGACAAUCCUAGAAACCAGAAAGUUUCAGCCGAGGAGACCCUCAGUGUGUCUUCUCUACCAUGGUCCUAUCAGACAGUUUGAUGUCACGUAACAUUUUGAUUAAGCUGAUCUAAUUUCGGCGGAAAUUGGAAUGCAUCUGCCUGCUUGUAACCGGACAUAACUUUUAAACCAUCCAACUGCCACUGCUCUCCUAGUGAUGAUUCCAAAGAAGAUGGUAAUUUUUGUAAGAUAGUAAUUAUUAAAGUAAAAUCGCAUUAUUUCUUGAAUCACUUCUCCCCGACACGUUUAUGAAGUACAUCAUCUUUGACUUCUCAGUAGUGCAUUUAUUAUGAAUGACUGAAUUAUGUCUAGAGAAAUAAAUACUCAAAACUCGUUAUUAUAAGUGAAUUUCCAGAUCACUGUUGACACUAAAUAAAAGAUUCUGUGAUUUUAAAUCCAGAAUAUAAGACUGGGGAUGGGGAAUAAUAUAAAUCAUAUACUGGUCCUCAUCUUUUUCUAAUUUCUAAAAUUUACUAACAUUUGAGGAUUAUGAAAAAAAAAUCUAAUGGAAUAAAGCAAAAAUUUUUAAACUGGCAAAUAGUGAUAUAUUUGUUUUGAUUCUGGUUGAAAAUCUCAGUGAUUUCUCUCAUUCCCAAUGAUAUGUUAUUUUUUAAAAAAGAGAGUCUCUCUCUUCCCUAGCAUUACAAAAACAAUAUUUUCAUGACCAAAAUAUCACUUACUGAUGAUGCAGCUAUAAACCUUUGUGCCUGUUGCAUAGAUACGUAGCAUGAAACCUAUUUUAGAAGUUUGCUAUGUAGGGAGAGGUAUAAACAUAGGAAUGGGUGGGUGAAUAUGAGCCACAAGAAAAUUAAAGAUUGACGUAUGCUAUCGAGCAAAAGUUUCACCUUCUUCAGAGCAAUGUACAGAUCAAUAGUAGACAAAGAUCAGCUCAUAAUUAGGUCAUUCAGACAUUCAGACACUGGAGCACAGAUCUUGCCCAUUAGCCUAGAACACAGGUCAUAUACAGAAAGUCAAGGAUGUCUCCAAUUAAUCUGAAACUCAACCAUCAUCCACCUGUACUUCUUCUAUGGCACAAUCCUAAAAUCAUGAAGGCCCCUGCUCUCGGAAACUGGGUUACUUACAGUCAAUUAAGGGCCAAAAAGAGGCAUUUCCAUUUAGUUCCAUCUGACUUACAAGUCAUGUUCUUUGGUUCCCUUGUGCCAGAGACCAUGAGAUAGCCAACCACACAGAGGCAAUAAAAUGCACUAAAAAGAAAAUAAAUUUUCCUGAGGAAAGGAGAAGAAAGGAUACUUUCACCUGUGGACCCAGAGCUGAAUCUCUGUGACGUUUGACCAUCUCGGGACCUUCUUGUACUAUCAACUAGACACAUAGUCAAGUCCAAGCAACCAUUUUUAAGGCGGUUUGAACAAAAACACGCUCAGACUGUCAUAUUUAUAGCGGAGAAAUAAAAACCCAAAUUCAGUGUCCUCCACGAGACUACUCUGAAAAUACCCUCAAAGUGAAGUCAGAGCUUUCCUUGCUGAGACCUGUUAAAAUCAUUUUAGGGCAAUGAAAUAAGGUUCUUUAGACACAGACAUUUUGUGUACAUUGUAGCUCACUCUCAGAGCCCUAGCUGAGAAGGGGAAAGUCUUUUCAUAGGCUGGUCAAAACAAAUCUCUCAUUGGCCUCAUUUGAGACAUUUGGACAGUGCCUGGGAAGUACAUUAUUUUCAGGGGGAAAAAAAGAGACAGCCUUUUUUGCAUGCCAGCUGGGAUCAUGGGAACUUCCAAUGCCAGGAAUUUACUACUGUUUCUGGUAAUUCUGCUUGUAGUCAUCUGCAAUGUUGAAGUGUGAAAAGAGAAGAAGCUAGGCACCCUGGGGGCUGUCUGUGUUUUAUGCCAGUUGCACCAGUGCAGGGAAUAUUUUUAAAUGCAUUUUGAAGUGGGUAGAAUUGUACCCUUUGUCAGAAUCACAAGGCUCACUGUUGUGCUCCUGAAAGAGAACACUGGGGGGAAAUCUGACCCUCUAAACCCAGUCAGCCCCUACAAAAGGAAAGACUGCGUGGGAGAGCACAGCACAUGGCAAGUUUGUUUCUCACUGUUUUUCCAAAGCCCCAUACUCACAUCGAGGACGUGUCUUUCAGGUGAAGGUGAAUCUUGCAGAGGUUUUCCAGAAUUUUGCUUUAAUCCAGGGUUUAGAAAACUGAGCACUUUAAAUUUACUCCAGUCUCUGGGCGUCUUUCCUAUUUCCUCUGCCAUGUCAGUGAGACAUUCUGAGCCUACAUUCUUCCAUGGCCGAAUAACGUACACAUACUUCCUGAUGACCUCACGCUUGACGUACCUGAACCUGCAAAUGUAGAAUGAUUGUACAUGAAUUUGCACUAAUGGUGUCUGAUAGCAGACGAGGUGUGACCUUUACUGAAACCGAUGGUUUAAAUUCAAGAACUCAGAUGCUCUGUACUUCUGCAAGCUUCCUGAUUAUUAUCACUGUAAGAUUAAUUAUCUAAGUUUGAAUGUAUUUCCUUAGAGUUCAUUAAUUUGCCAUCUCUUUUACCUGGGGAUCAUUAUGAUUGCAAUAAGUCAUUAAUGUUUUCCUCACACAGCUACUUAAACCAAGUUUUUCUGCAACUCUGGUUCUGCUCACAGUAUGUGGGAAAUCUUCAUUUUUUUUUCCUAGUAAAAAUUUUGUAAGAAAGCCGGUGUAUCGAUGGCCAUGGUGACACAGUUCAUCUUAAAAAGGUUUGGAAGCUGGUGGUGACCAAAUGUUAUCUGUGUUGUCUCUGUUGAUUGCUAUUUUCAGAAUUAAACUCUGUUUUUCACUUACAGUUGGAGUCAACAAAUUGGGGAUUUUAGAAGGGGAGAAGGGAACAAUUUGUGUAAUACUGCUGUCAUAUUUGACUACAUAUUAAAAAUAAUAAAUGAUCAUUUUGUUUUAAUUUCUUAAA